AUGGAUAUUCACUGCAAAGCGGACCCCUUCACUGCGAUGCACCGGCACGGCGGGGUGAACCAGCUCGGCGGCGUCUUCGUGAACGGGAGGCCGCUGCCGGACGUGGUGCGGCAGCGCAUCGUGGAGCUGGCGCACCAGGGGGUCCGGCCCUGCGACAUCUCCAGGCAACUGCGGGUGAGCCACGGCUGUGUCAGCAAGAUCCUGGGCAGAUAUUAUGAAACUGGCAGCAUCAAACCGGGCGUGAUCGGAGGCUCUAAACCCAAAGUGGCCACGCCUAAAGUUGUGGAUAAAAUCGCCGAUUAUAAAAGACAAAACCCCACGAUGUUCGCGUGGGAGAUCCGGGACCGGCUGCUGGCGGAGGGAAUCUGCGACAACGACACCGUCCCCAGCGUGUCCUCCAUAAACAGGAUCAUCAGGACCAAAGUGCAGCAGCCGUUCCAUCCGUCUCCAGACGGCUCGUCGCUCACGUCACCCGGACACACCAUCGUCCCCAGCGCCGUGUCUCCUCCGGUCUCCAGCGCCUCGGAUCCCGCCGGGUCCUACUCCAUCAACGGAAUUCUGGGAAUUCCCCGAUCCAACGGAGAGAAGAGGAAAAGAGACGAAGACUCAGACGGCUCCGGGCCUCACUCCCCCGGCAGUGUGGAGACCUUAAGGAAGCACCUGAGAGCGGACGCCUUCACUCAGCAGCAGCUGGAGGCUCUGGACCGAGUGUUUGAGCGACCGCAGUAUCCCGAAGUGUUCCCGGCGUCUGAGCACGUCAAACCCGAACAGUCCAGUGAGUAUUCCCUGCCCCUCAGCUCCAGUCUGGACGAGGUCAAGCCCAGUCUGUCCGGGUCCUCGGACCUCGGCCCCGGAGCCGUGACGCAGAACUUCCCUGUGGUUAAACAAACGCUGCUGUCGCCACAAUGA